AUGGCAAAUCUCACUUCUCUCCAGGUUUUGGAUCUUUCUUCCAAUAAUCUUUCUGGUAGCAUUCCUUCAUCUCUAGGAAAUUUUAGUGCUAUGGUUGAGAUACAACAUGAUACUACAUCGUUGCUUGAUCUUUUUAAUGGUAGCGGUUCCUAUGGCGAGAGCAUAGUAAUAACAGCCAAAGGAUAUGACAUCCAAUACACCACAAUUCUCUCACUUGUAACAAUCAUAGACCUAUCAAACAAUAAUCUUUCCGGCGAGAUCCCAAGAGAGCUUACGAAACUUCAUGGAUUGCAUUUCUUGAACUUAUCCAAGAAUCAUUUGGGAGGAACCAUUCCAGGAAAGAUUGGUUUCAUGGAACAACUGGAAUCACUGGACUUAUCAAUGAAUAAUCUCACAGGAGAAAUUCCUUCCAGCUUAUCAUCUCUCACCUUCCUAAGCCACUUGAAUCUCUCUCACAAUAACUUGUCGGGAAGAAUUCCAACAGCCGGUGGUCAAAUGUCGACCUUUCUUGGCGACCCGUCGAUCUAUGAUGGUAAUGAAUACCUUUGUGGUACGCCACUGCCAGAGUGCCCUGGUGAUGCAGCUCAUCAAAGUCCAGCUCAUGAACAUGAACAGAAAAACGGUGACAGGCUUGAAACAGUGUGGGAAAUUACCAGCAUCGUCAUGGGUUUUGUGGUUUUACGUCUGUCUCGUAACUCUGUUACCGGGCAACUACCAGAAACAAUUGGCAAACUCGACCUCUUGCAGUUCUUGGAUAUAUCAGAUCAACCACUUAUCAGGGCAGAUGCCGAGGUCUUUAGGUUGGACCUCUCCUCAAACUCACUAGAAGGCGACAUCACUGAAGCAAACUUUUCCCAGCUCCUUCAACUUGGAAAUUUUGGACAUAUCUUUACAGCUCCUUCAAAUUGGCUUCCCCUUUUUAAUGCUUCAUUUAUUGACAUGAGUUUCUGUCAUAUAUGUGAUUGGGUCUUCGUGCAGUUGGCAGUAAGGUUUGCAAGGCUGAAGUCCAAGUCGAGAAGAACCACAUGA